AUGUCAUUUACAAAUUUGACAAGCACGUGUUUACGUUUCCAACCAAUUAGUAUUUUCUGCGUAAAUUUUUCAUUUGUUUUAAUUUUUACAUCGAAGCAAUUAAAUAUUCGCUAAAAAUGGAGGAGGACGGACUUCAAGAGGCCAGCAUUGACUUUGUGCCGGCACUUUGUUUUGUGCCACGCGGCGUCGCUAAGGAACGGCCAGAAAAAAUUGUGCUAACACAGUCGGAGUUGGCACGUAUCAUUGAAGACACAAAGAGUACACUUGCAGAAGAUGGUGAGGAUGAUGAUGACGAUGAAGAUAUUGACAACGAGGACGAUAUGGAGAUAGAUGAGGAAGCAACAGCUGGCGCUCGUAAUCCGGACGAUGAAUUUGGUUUCGAUAAUUAUGAUCAGGAAGGUACAUCAAAAACAGCUGAUAUUGCUUCUGUAGUUGAUGCCAACGAGCAGCUGCCAGAUGAAGAUAAUGAUUCCGAAGCAGAAGAUGAAAUCAUAAAACCAACUGACAAUUUAAUAUUGGUCGGUCACGUGCAGGACGAUGCUGCUUCCAUGGAGGUGUGGGUGUUUAACGAAGAGGAGGAGUCUUUAUAUACACAUCAUGAUUUUAUACUUCCUAGCUUUCCACUAUGCAUAGAGUGGUUGAAUCAUGAUCCUGGUAGUGAUAAACCAGGCAACAUGUGCGCUAUUGGUUGUAUGGAUCCAGUGAUCACUAUUUGGGAUUUAGAUAUACAGGAUUCAAUGGAACCUACAUUUAAAUUGGGUUCAAAGGGUAGUCGUAAGAAGCACAAAGAUCCCUAUGGACACACCGACGCAGUUUUGGAUCUUUCGUGGAAUCGUCAUUUUGAACAUAUACUCGCCAGUGGUUCUGUAGAUCAGACACUUAUAUUAUGGGAUUUAGAUGAAGGCCAACCGCAUACUACAAUAACGGCAUUUGAAGAAAAAGUUCAAUCGUUGGAGUUUCAUCCAGAUGAAGCGCAAAGUAUUCUAGCCGGUAGUGCAGAUGGCAUAGUGCGUUUAUUCGAUUGCCGAAAUGCUGAUACAGUAGAUAGUGAUUAUGUGAAAUGGAAAAUACCCGGUGAGGUAGAAAAAGUGUUGUGGAACCCAACUGAUACCAAUCAUUUUGUUGUUGGUACCAAUGACGGUAGUCUACAUUAUGCGGACAGAAGACAACCUAAUCAACUGCUGUGGUCAAUUAAAGGGCAUGAAGAAGAAAUUUCCGGCGUCUGCUUCAAUAAGGAUGUGGCGAAUUUGUUGACCUCAACAUCCACGGAUGGUAUGCUGAAAGUGUGGGACUUCAAUGCCAGUGCUAUCAGAGAAGUGUACUCGCAUGAUUUCCAAAUGGGUCGCCUGCAAUGCAUGAAACAAAGUCCCGAAGAUCCAUUCACUUUGGCGCUUGGCGGUGAAAAACCGCCCCGCUGUCGCAUUUAUAAUAUAAAGAACUUCGAAGUUGUGAGAAAAGUUUUCAAGAUUCCUGAAGUACUGCAAUAAAAAACGCGAUUGACAUAUAUUUUAGUUAUAAAAAAUCAUAAAUAAAUAUUUAUGACACAACGAAAAGAAUAAAAUUUUUGUUUGAAUUUUACAUUAAUAUUAUAUUCACUUGUAUAAAAAUAAAGUUUAUAGAACAGUAUAA